GAGCCAUGUAGUGGGACGAGAUUUGCCAUGUCAAUGUGUCAAUGUUGAGCUCCGUCGUUUGAUAGUUUGUGCAGAAAAUCGGAAAAUCGCGGAACAAAAUAGAGUGGUCGUUUUUAUCAUGCUCCGUCAUUUAUUUUCUCGUGCAGAAAAAAACUCCGAAAUAGACCAUUUUUCAAAGUUCGAGCUUUGAUAUGAAUUUUUUUGUGCGCAUAAAGAAGGAGAAUACAUAGUUUUGAGAUUCGUCGAAUAAUUCUUAUAGUGAUAUUGAAUAGAAAACAAAGUAGACUGAUUUCUUAAUGUUGGACAUCUUGAAGUGUACUUUUACGCAAGAGAAUAAAAAAUAGACUAUUUUUCCUGUUUCGAGCUGGUUUGUGUAUUUCAUCGUUCCGGAAAAAAAACUGACUGAUUUCCUCCGUGCGGGAAAAAAUAGACUGAUUUCCUCCAUGUGGCAAAAAAUAGACUGAUUUCCUCCGUGCGGCAAAUAGACUAAUUUCUCGGUGUCGGACAUCUUGAAGUGCAACUCCACGCAAAAAAGUAAAAUAUAGCAUUUAUAUCCAGUUUCGAGCCGGCUUGAGUAUUUCAUCGUUCCGAAAAAAAAAACAUAAACCGAUUUCCUCCGUGUGGCAAAAAUAGACCGAUUUCCUCAGUGCGGCAAAUAGACUAUUUCUCAACAUUAAACAUUUUAAAGUGCAACUCCACGCAAGAGAGUAAAAAAUAGAAUUUUUAUCCAGUUUCGAGCUGACUUGUGUAUUUCAUCGUUCGCAAAAAAGAAAAAUAGACUUAUUUCUCCGUGCAUUGAAAUAAAAAAAGGCAAUAGUGUACUUUCCGGAAAAUACACUGAAAACUGCCCAGUCCAGUUUUUGCCCAAGCAAGAGAGUAAAAACAUGUUUCCAGUUUCGAGCUGGCUUGCGUAUUUCAUCGUUCGGGAAAACCAAAAAUAGUCUGAUCUCCUUCGUGCGGCAAAAUUGAAAAAAAAAAAACAAAAAAAAACAACAGUUUAAAAUCUUCCUAAAAUACACUAGAAACAGUCCAGUCCAAUUUUGCCUUUUACCUUGUCAAGAAGAGUGCGUUAUUUCAACCAUGACCCCGCCACCUCACCUCAGUCUCUUUCCGGCGAUUCUCACGAUGCUGACCUCCGUUUCCGGUUUCCUCGACUUCUACGGCCACGGAACUCACAACCUCUCCAUCCUCACUAGCCUAACGAGCGACGACGCUCUCUACCUAACCCCCUACAUCGAAAAAGGCCAGAUCGAGAAAGGCCAAAGCCUUUCCGUCGUUCCUCCGAUGCUCAAGAACAUCGAAAGCUUCUCCGGAUACCUGACCGUCAACAAGGACUACGACUCGAACCUCUUCUUCUGGAUGUUCAAGAGCCAACACGGCGACUGGACCAAGCGACCGACAGUCUUGUGGCUCCAGGGCGGUCCCGGCGUUAGCUCCCUCUUCGGCCUCUUUACAGAACUGGGUCCCUUCUCGGUCAACGCGAAACAGGAACUGAAAAGGCGGAAGUACUCCUGGAACCGGGAGUACAACCUCUUGUUCUUCGAUCAACCCGUCGGGACCGGUUUCAGCUUCACGAAGAACGACCGGGGUUUUGCCAGGGAUGAAACCGCCGUCGCGAGAGACCUUUACGAGGCUCUGGUCCAACUCCAUAAGCUCUUUCCUUCUCUCCAGAAGAACAAAUUUAUAAUCUCCGGCGAAUCCUACGCCGGGAAGUACAUACCGGCCAUCGGGUAUAAGAUCCACCAGGAGAACCCAAAAGCCACCAUCAAGAUCGACCUGAGUGGCCUUAUGAUCGGUAACGGGUUCACCAGCCCCGGUGAUAUGAUGCACUACAGCUCGUAUUUGUAUCAACUCGGAUUGGUCGACGAGCAACUACGGGCUAAACUCCAGAAUAUCGAGGAGGACAUACGGACGCACAUCAAGGCUGAUCGAUACAACGACGCUGCGGACUUAUUGAACAUGGAGUUUGAUGUGAUUUUGAAGAAGACACGCCUGAGGAAUCCUUACGAUUUUACGGAGAAUACGAUGUUCGACGAUUGGUCAAUAGUAAAGUUCGUUGAGGGUGAAAAAACUAGGAAGGCCCUUCAUGUUGGGAACAACGAGUUUAACGGUUACACUAAACCGUAUGUGUUUUUGUGGAACGACCUGAUGAGGUCGGUGAAACCGUGGGUGGAGGAACUCCUCGCGGCGGAGGUGUUUCCGAUUAUGUUCUUCAGUGGUCAACUGGAUGUCAUCGUCGCGUACCCUUUGAGUUUGGCGUUCUUCGAAUCGUUGCAAUGGCCGCGGGCCUUUGAGUAUCGAAAGGCUGAGAGGUGUUAUUUCAUGGUCGGGAAUGACGUCGCUGGGUAUUUCAAGACGGCGGGGACGUUCACGGAGGUUUUGGUGAGAAACGCGGGGCAUAUGGUGCCCACAGCCCAGCCGAAGUGGGCCUUUGAGCUUUUGGAUAGAUUCGUCAGCAAUAGCUCGUCGUUUACGUGUUGAGAUUUUUUGGACGCGCGGACGUUUCGAGCGGAUGAAGUCCCGCCUUUGGAAACCGACGAAAUGACGCGAAAGUGCGAGGGAUAUUUUACGUUGUGUGAAGAAAAAUUUUGACCGAAUUUAUCAGAUAGGAACCAACCCACAUCUUCGAAAAAUUGAUUCAAGAAUGUUUUUGAGAUCCGCUGAACUCCUGCCAAAAACUCAAAGUCAAAACAGAAAGUUAGUCAGCGAAAAAGUUUUAAUUUAAUUGAGACUCAUGGAGGGAUGAAACUUCAAGCCUCUUUUUUCUCAGUUUCAACUUUAUGUGGGUUGGUUUCUUUCUGUUAAAAUCGGUCCAUUUGGUUUAUAGCCAUUGGUUUUUGACAAUUGUGGAUUCCCUAGAUUUAAUGAUAUUUUUACCUCUAUAUUGGUGAUCGAUGUACAUAUAAACAAAAAAUACAAAGCAUGCUUUUAAAAACAAUUUUCCCCUAUUA